AUGUGGUAUGUCGAGUUGGUUUUCACAUGCUGUGCGACUUUUUAUGCCGCGACUAAAACUCAUAGCAAAUUUUGCAUAACAAAAGAUGGCCAAGCAAUUGCCAUAAUGCUCGCAAAGCAGAUCGACAAAGUCGUCAAGUCCAUCCACAAAACUUUGUCCGAAAAAAAUGGGUAUCUUCCCAAUGAUGUAGCCCAAAUUCUUUAUGACGAUGCUAAGGAUCCUAGGAGCAGCAUUUACUCUGAAGUCCAAGAGGAAGGGGACACCGUUCCUGCUCUUGUUGGGAGGCAGAUAAUUGACCUUUUCUGCUUACACAACAGGUGUCAGGAAGAGCUUGAGCUGUUGAAGGAGGAAAUGAAUCGCCUUGUCUCUUUUCUCCAAAACGAAAUCAGGCUUAUAGACGAAUCAGUGGAUGCGCAUCUGCCUUACACUGAUAACCCUCUUAAUGCAGGAGUGAUAGCGUGUCUUAAAAAGAAACGGAUGAUCCAUUGUAAUCACAUUUCCUCGCUGCUGCUUUUAUGGGGUGGUAUCUUGGAUUCCCCUAAACCUAUUGAUCAUGCUGAGGUAGCAAAAACCUCUGCUAAUUUGAGUGGUAUCAACUAUCCCCUAGAUGACGAGAAAUCAGACAAAUCGAUGAUGGAGGAAGUCGUGGACGAUGAGGCCUUUGUGUUGGAACUGACAUCAGACAGCGAAUUAUCUGAUAAUGAAUAA